AUGCACCUUCUACCGGCCCUGGCGGGCCUCAUAUGCCUUUCCUCCGCAGCCAUACUUCCGCGACAGAGCCAAACAUCGCCAACAACAUCAACAGAUCAAACGUCCGGCUCCUCAUCAGCAUGUAACAAUUCGCCCGACCUAUGCUCAAAACCAUACAACCAGAUAACACACCUCGGCGCCCACGAUUCGCCUUUCGUUCGUGAUGCCACUACAGACUUCAGUGUCUCCGGCAACCAAUUCUACAACUCCACCAUACAACUCAAUGCCGGCGUCCGGUUACUCUCCGCACAAAUACACAAGUCCAAUGGCAACAUUCACCUCUGCCACUCCUCCUGCGACCUCCUCGACGCCGGCAUCCUCUCCACUUGGCUCAUGGAAAUCAAGAGAUGGAUGGACAACAACCCCCGCGAAGUGGUCACCCUCCUCCUCGUCAACAGCGACGACUUCAACCCCUCCGACAUCAACUUCCACUUCACCGCUUCAAACAUCACCGAAUACGUCUACACGCCCGCCUCAAAGUCGGCCGCCCCCGCAACUUGGCCUACCCUCAACGACCUAAUCACCUCGAACCAACGCCUCCUCACUUUCGUCGCCUCCCUCGCGCCCGCCAAUACCCCAGACUCCAUGGCCUACCUCAUGGACGAAUUUACAUUCAUGUUCGAGAACCCUUUCGAGAACACCAAACCCUCCGACUUCACCUGCGACCCGUCCCGCCCGUCCUCAGUCAAGGGCAACACCCAACUCGCCCUCUCCAACAACAAGAUGCCCCUGAUGAACCACUUCCUCUACAAAGAAUCCGACUUCCUCAACAUCCAGUCGCCCGACGUCGAGAACAUCACCACCACAAAUUCUCCCAACACUACCAACGUGGGCAUGUUAGGUCAGGCGAUGCAGGACUGUACGCAGGCAUAUCAGCGCGCGCCGACGUUCAUCCUGGUGGAUUUCUUCGAUGAGGGGCCCGCGAUUCAGGCGGUGGAUGCGGCGAAUGGUGUGACCAAUCCCGUGGGCAGGAAGGCUGUGCCGGCCAGGGACCAUAACAAGGCGGAUGGAAGCUUGAGUUCGAGGACGUUUGCGGGUGUGGUGGAGCUGGUCAAGCAGGUGGAAAUGGGCAUGAAGCCGAAGAAGGGAGAGUGGAUUUGGGCCGCUGGACAGUGGAUUGGGGGUGGGCUGAAUACGGUUGGGGGGUUGAGUAUUGGUUGA